AUGAUGAAUCACAAGAAACGAACGCAGCACGAUACGAUCGAAAGCUUUUCUGCAAGCAGUGCGGGGGAUCCGAUUGUCGACGCCUCGCCGAAUGAUGAUGGUUUUCUUGGCUUUGAUGCCCUGCGGGGCAGAGCCGGAGACGUGCCUGCGAACGCACCAACGUCGCACGUGUCAGCGAGCCAGGUAUAAUUCUGUCACCAAAUAGAUAUAGAUUGGUUUGUUGUUCGAAUGGUUUGUGUACCUACUUCUAUGCAGCAGCAAAACAAGAAGCUGAAGCUGUAGUUGUUCUCGCAGCGCUACGCCCAGGAACACGAAUUUUAUGCGACAGAUGAUAAGUUGUCUAUGCGAAAAAGGGGCAACACCGGUAUGGCCCUUCGUUUAUGGCGUUGUAAGUACUUUUAGUUUUUCAGUCCUUAACAUCUCUGUGUCAUCCUGCAGGAUUAAGAUAAAAAUUUGUUUUUCUUUGGAAAAUUAGUAGAAGCAUAUACCAAGGCCUGCGACGAAGCUACAUGUAUUUGACACUGAAAAAGAGAGAGAGCUGAGGUUUUUUUUUUCGAGUAACGCCAGAAGGGCGAGGUCGCAAACAACUUUUGAUCACUUUUGAGUGCAGAUGAGCGAACGAACGAAAAAAGAAUACGAGUACUUGUCAGUCAGAACCCCGGAAUUAUUUUGCGCCGUCUGUCAGUCACAGUCUGUUUGCGUCCACAGCAUCACACGGCAACGCCAGCCAUCGGUCAUUAGAGUCGGGUUUCAUGAUACCUGCUCUUUGCCAAAGAUAAGACAAAUAUAACAACAAGAAAAAGUGGUCAAGUUGGAAUUCGAAUUUCUUGUGCAACGACUACCGGCUACUUCUCCAUGCACUGACAAGCAGUCAACCUAAGCACUUACAUGUCUUCCCGCGCAUAAGUAUUCAUGAUGCACCCAUUGCAUGACCUCCCUCAACGCGAUUCUUUCGUUUGAAGCUCUUUCAUCAUUUAGUUUUACGACGCGAAUAUUUUAAAUGAAUUUUUGACUUUUCUGAACACUUCCGAUUGUAGAUUUCGCUACGUAAAUUCAAGUUCGGAGUCACUUAGAACCCGCAACGCAGCGAAACUUCCUCUCUGCUACGGCAUGCUGCUUGAGAUCAAGUGAGCAACAAGGGGUUAAGAGAUCGCGAGCUAACGAGACGACCUCAUCGCAAUGCCUGCUGGGAGCUACUACACGAACCGAAGUCAUCGCCGCUCCCCCGCGGCAUUGAAACGAACGCGAGAAUGUAUUUCCUUUUUUCAUGUACAAGAACGCUGGCGCCUUAGCUUUCUUCAAGUUCUGUGUUGAUUACCGAGGUCGCUGUAGUAACUGUAACAUCCCAAACCCGACGAGGCGCCUCUGGCCCUACUUGAAGCUUCCCUACGUUGCCGGAUUGAGAUGAAAAAGAUGUGCCCAUUCACUUGAAAUAGCAAAAAAUUACUCUGCAGCGCGUAUGUACAAUCAACAGGUUGCGCCAAUCUGUACGGUAUAAUCCGGGUGGCUUGUCAGCUCUUCUACACGUUCAUAUGCCGGCGACGAGACUACGACAGCUUGAAAGACCUCGAGUUUGGGUCUGUCUUGAACAGCAACGAGAUGUCGGGCGGUGCAGGAGCUCCGCCACCGCCGUUUGGGAAGCCAACCCUUUACCAGCCCAGGAAUUUGCAGGCAGGGUUUGUUCCGCUGCACAGUUUCUCAUCAACCUCCGGUGGAACUUCGCGAGGUGCAGCGGCGCAGCAAGUCCGUCAACGCGCCGGGGCGACCGGGAUGGGCACGACUACAACAACUCCAGCGGGCGGGGUCGUUCCCUUAAGCAACUACAUGACCAGAGACCAAGCCUCGGAACUUGUUGGCGGUUCGUCCUCCCGUAGUGGGACGGCGGCCACAAGAACAUCGUCCAGUAGCGUCGCUGGCGGAGCAGGUCAACAUCAGUACUCAGCCCCGGCGACACUUUUGCAGGCAGCCAACCCGGAAAACCGACCGGUCGAUUCGAGUGUAAAUGCAAGUCAAUUGCCUCGGUCCUUCGCACGACGGCAGCAGCACGCACCCAAGCCACCUGCGCACGCACCACCGAGCUCGCUCAUACCGCAACCCGUUGGGAAAAUCAAUCCACCUAUGAUCGCAUCACCGACCGGCCCUGUAGGAGCUCCGACGGCAGCGAUGAUACCCGGUCAGGGGCGCAAAAUUAACUUUAUCCAAUGAACCAUAUCACUUACUACAGGACAUCUGGGCCAGACACGGCGUGUACCAGGGCUUGUUACGUUUUCAGGCCGACCACGCCCGACGACGGCAAGCGCGGGAGCGGGACAAGCUGGACGGAAAGGUAUUUUUGCCGCCGCGUGGAGCAAGUUUGAAACGCCCUGCAGCCGACGAGUUAUUUCUCGAAGUGGACGGCGGCGCGGAACAAAUUAGACCGGAUCGAGGUCCUCGUAUGCACGGUAGUGCGUCGGCCUUUCCGAGCAGCGAAAAGCAUGGGGCACCGCCAGGCACAUCAUCAGCCUCCGCUGCUGCGGCCACUACAGGCCCAGGCGACCAGCACGACCCGGCACAUCAGGAGCUGGUUUUGCUCGAGAUUUUUCGGCAAGCGAAACUGGAUAUCCCGUGCAAAAUCAUCGUACUCGUAUUGCAAUCAUGCAUUAAAUUAAGGCAAAUUCGCAUUACAAAUUUUAUUUCUCAUGCUGAGGAAAUUUGUAUAUGCAUUUAUACGAAUAGGAAUACGAUACUUUUGCAGUUCAUACUGGAUCGCAGCCGCGACUGGCGGUUAACGUUUGACGAGCUCAACGCAAAUGUGUUCGGACCGCCGCAGACGGUAGCCGCCAUCCAUGAGUACGAAGAACUGGGAUCCCUGUUGUUGUGCCAGUUCUCGUUCGAAUCUGGGUGGAUGCUUGUACCGAGAGACCACCCACAGUACGAGGCGCUUUUCCGACUGCACGUCGAACUAAAUGGUGCUCCGAUUACCGCGAGGAGCGCUUGCCGUACCACCCCUGCCGGUGUAGUAGGUCAGGAGCUGCAUCUGCAACGACCCGAUAAUAUCCGGGGACCUGCUGGAGAAAAAAACGACAGAGAAGUAGACCAGGAUGGAAAUCGCGGACACCUGUUGCAAGAGCGUGCUGACGAGCGUAGGCGUGAAAUCGUCCUUCAGGUUUCGGAAGCACGGAUCGGCUCGGAAAAGCUGUAUAUCCCGCACGCACUGCAAUUUUGCGCCGGUACUGACCAAGCGGAUGAAUAAUGCAGGUUUUGAACACAAAGGUGCAGCUGCAACGGCAGUAACUUCAUUUUGGAGUUUUCAACAAUUCGACUUCGAGUUCGACCUACUUUCCCGUGAAGCAGUUCAAGAUCCCAUUUCUCUGCAUGCCACAGAAAAUUUAUCGGUUCGAAGCGGAGCUACUUUGAGCUUGAGGAAAAACCCAUCCGUAU